AUGGCAACCCCGCGCAAGAUACAGAAACUGAUUUAUGGUCGCGACAAGCUUGACUAUGAAUCGGCGCAGAAAGCGUCAGAAGUGCUACAGAAAAAUCACGAUUGUUACAAUAUCUUUUCCAACAAAUCAGCUUUGCAUGUAGACCACCAUUCCACAGCUGUUUCAGAUCCUAAAUUCCCAGCUCUAAUUCCUUGCAGAACCAUAUUGUUCCCACCUCCUGACUGUAUACGCUCUCGGAUCGCCACCAAACCAAAUACAACGCUCAUUGGAUCGGAAUGCACUCUACCAGCUUUCACAUCCUAUCUGGGCAUUAAGGACCACUACGUCAACUAUCUUGAAUUGUUUACGCUCGAGCUCGAACAUAAAGGUCUUGCUGCUGUGAUGAACGAAUACCUCUUCGCUGGCACACCGAAAGCAGACGAUAUGCUAGUGCGCCUGUACACUGGCUUCUUACACCCCUUCAUUCACCUCGGCUUUGGGCUAGAAUUCGCGCAACCUGCCAUUGUUGCAAAAGCUCUCGCCCUGACGGCGCCUGGAAAACAACUGGAAUGCAUUCGUACAGAAAUGCUCUAUAACACCACCCUCACUUCAUUCGUACAAUGGAACGACAAAAACAAGAUCCGCGAUGGCAUUCUGGCACGUGCAUCAACCGAUAUGAUUUCUCUCGCCGCACAAUACAUCGUACGGUCCAUGUUGUCCCUUCCGUUGAAAACAGCUGAGAUGAUGAAUUUCGCGGCUUUCUUCACUGCAGCAGCCCAACCACCCCCAUACGAACCUAGAAUUGAUAUAUUCUACAUGAAUAGCAUCAACAGUGCCAUCUUCUUCCCUAAAAUCAUGGAGGUGGAGUAUAUCCCGGAUGCGGCGAAGAUUCGCCUGUUAGAGUGGAAGGCACGGACAGAUCUGACGCUGUAUGGUUCAUGCGGGUUUCUAGAGCUCAGGAUCGAAGAAGUAGUAGGGUUUACCCCGGGCGCCUAGGAGGUUGACCCAGGGUGGUAUGAGUGGAUGGAUGCGGUGAACAGAAUGCCUAGCGAUGACGGACAUGCAGCAAAGUUAGUAAGGGCGAUCGUGGUGGCGAAGGAGGCAUCUCGUAAGGCUACAGGAGAGAAGACCGCGAACGGACCAUUGCCGGAACAGGGCUUCUGUAUGGAUGAGAUGGCAUUUAUUAAGAUGGUGCAGAUGGUUGUGUAUAGUCUGCAGUUACCAGGGAGUAAGUGGAUAUGGAAUGUUGGGUUCGAGGAAGCGUGGAG